AGAGAGGAAACCACUUCUUGAUACAAUGCGAGCUGGACGUGCGGAACUAUCGAAAAACUAAAAGUUGUUUUAAAUAACUAGACGAACUGUUGCUUCUCGUGGAAAAAAUGUCUCUACCAACCGUAACGGAAUGUUGCCGGUGCUGUUUGGUAAAGGAGGACGACAUGGUGUACGUAUUCGACAUAUUGGACGAGUUCGAUAGCAAGAUCUGCGAUCUGAUCGAAAGCUGCGGUGAUAUUACGAUCACUGAAGAAGAUCCGUACUCGAAGCACAUUUGUGGCAAUUGUUUGAACGAAUUAGCCAAUGCAACCAGAUUCCGACAGCGAUGCCUAAGAACUAUGGAUGUCCUGCUGAACAUGACCAUCGAGACAAAUGAGCCAAUCAAGUCGGAAAUCGACGAAUACCAACCCCACACAGAGAGUGAAGAAGUCGAGGAUAUGAGAGAUAGAUUUAUAGAGGAGCUAAUAAUGGAACAAGUCGAGGAUGGCACAGAGGCAGAGGAAGCUACUGAGUUUCCUGAAAAUCUGGAAUCGAACGAUGAUUGUCGAUCUACCAAUAUACAGUACAUAAUUGCUGAGGAACAAACUGUGACUGACUUGCAAAACAUUGACUAUGAUAAUUUAAUUACCAUACCACACAAGUUCAAAGAGGAAAUAGAAACGAUCUGCGUCGAGGAGCUGGAUUCAAUUCAGGAACCAGACAAGUUAGUAUCGAUCUUACAGCCUGUCCAGAAAGAAACAAGAGUAGCUCGGCCAAGACCAAUCCAGUUGAAUUUUGUGUGUCAACACUGCGGAGCAGGAUUCGCCAUGCAAAAGAACCUUUCCAAGCACCUCCUUAUACAUCGAAACUAUGCCUGUGAAGUGUGCUCGAUUGUGUUCAAAAGCGGGCAAGAUUUGGCAGCGCAUCAACUUAUCCACGCCAAAGAUCAUUCUAAUUCUCCCAUGGACGAUACGGAACAAGAGACCAAGAAAUGUCAAAAUCCGAAGAAGAACCAUCCUUGUUCGUAUUGUGGCAAAGCGUUUGCCUCGAACUCGGCGCUGGUAGCUCACGUUAGGGUACACACGCAAGAAAGGCCAUUUCCGUGCAGCUAUUGUCAGAAACGGUUCCGAACGGUUGGAGCGUUAGAGCUUCACGAGCGGCGCCACAGCGGAGUCAAGCCGUACAAGUGCGACUUUUGCGGGAAGGGAUUCGCCGAGAGCAGUAACCUUAAGGUGCAUCGUCGCAUUCACACCCAGGAGAAACCACACGUGUGCACAAUUUGCAACCGUGCCUUUUCUCGCGUAUUCUUGCUGCAGAUUCACCAAAGAACACACACCGGCGAACGACCGUUUUCAUGCGAGGACUGUGGAAAACCUUUCAACCAGCAGGGAGAUUUAGCUGCCCAUAGACGAACCCACACCGGAGAGCGACCGCACCAAUGCGAUAUAUGCGGAAAAGGAUUCAUCAAGAGCAGUGGUCUCACGCUACACCGCAAAAAGCACGAACAACAGCAGCACACGGAAAAGGUCCACAUGGUGCUGAUCGACACGAAAGAUUACGGAUUACCAACCAGUGAACAUGCUGUCGUUGAUAUUGCAUCGGAUGACAUGGUGAUUGAAGACGUCAUUAUUUCAAGUUGAGGCAAAUUACAUAGGGUUUUUAGUCAAUUCA